CCCCCCCCCCCCCCUCCCCCCCCCCCCCCCCCCCCCCCCCCCCCCCCCCCCCCCCCCCCCCCCCCCCCCCCCCCUCCCCCCCCCCCCCUCCCCCCCCCCCCCCCUCCCCCCCCCCCCCCCCCCCCCCCCCCCCCCCCCCCCUCCCCCCCCCCCCCCCCCCCCUCCCCCCCCCCCCCCCCCCCCCUCCCCCCCCCCCCCCCCCCCCCCCCCUCCCCCCCCCCCCCCCCCCCCCCCCCUCCCCCCCCCCCCCCCCCCCCCCCCCCCCCCCCCCCCCCCCCCCCCCCCCCCCCUCCCCCCCCCCCCCCCCCCCCUCCCCCCCCCCCCCCCCCCCCCCCCCCCCCCCUCCCCCCCCCCCCCCCCCCUCCCCCCCCCCCCCCCCCCCCCCCCCCCCCCCCCCCCCCCCCCCCCCCCCUCCCCCCCCCCCCCCCCCCCCCCCCCCCCCCCCCCCCCCCCCCCCCCCCCCCUCCCCCCCCCCCCCCCCCCCCCCCCCCCCCCCCCCCCCCCCCCCCCCCCCCCCCUCCCCCCCCCCCCCCCCCCCCCCCCCCCCCCCCUCCCCCCCCCCCCCCCCCCCCCCCCCCCCCCCCCCCCCCCCCCCCCUCCCCCCCCCCCCCCCCCCCCCCCCCCCCCCCCCCCCCCCCCCCCCCCCCCCCCCCCCCCCCCCCCCCCCCCCCCCCCCCCCCCCCCCCCCCCUCCCCCCCCCCCCCCCCCCCCCCCUCCCCCCCCCCCCCCCCCCCCCCCCCCCCCCCCCCCCUCCCCCCCCCCCCCCCCCCCCCCCCCCCCCCCCCCCUCCCCCCCCCCCCCCCCCCCCCCCCCCCCCCCCCCCCCCCUCCCCCCCCCCCCCCCCCCCCCCCCCCCCCCCCCCCCCCCCCCCCUCCCCCCCCCCCCCCCCCCCCCCCCCCCCCCCCCCCCCCCCCCCCCCCCCCCCCCCCCCCCCCCCCCCCCCCCCCCCCCCCCCCCCCCCCCCCCCCUCCCCCCCCCCCCCCCCCCCCCCCCCCUCCCCCCCCCCCCCCCCCCCCCCCCCCCCCCCCCCCCCCCCCCCCUCCCCCCCCCCCCCCCCCCCCCCCCCCCCCCCCUCCCCCCCCCCCCCCCCCCCCCCCCCCCCCCCCCCCCCCCCCCCCCCCCCCCCCCCCCCCCCCCCCCCCCCCCCCCCCCCCCCCCCCCCCCCCCUCCCCCCCCCCCCCCCCCCCCCCCCCCCCCCCCCCCCCCUCCCCCCCCCCCCCCCCCCCCCCCCCCCCCCCCCUCCCCCCCCCCCCCCCCCCCCCUCCCCCCCCCCCCCCCCCCCCCCCCCCCCCCCCCUCCCCCCCCCCCCCCCCUCCCCCCCCCCCCCCCUCCCCCCCCCCCCCCCCCCCCCCCCCCCCCCCCCCCCCCCCCCCCCCCCCCCCCCCCCCCCCCCCCCCCCCUCCCCCCCCCCCCCCCCCCCCCCCCCCCCCCCCCCCCCCCCCUCCCCCCCCCCCCCCCCCCCCCCCCCCCCCUCCCCCCCCCCCCCCUCCCCCCCCCCCCCCCCCCUCCCCCCCCCCCCCCCCCCCCCCCCCCCCCCCCCCCGCAUUGUUAGUCCCCAAUUCCAUCCACUCGUCAGCCAAGGACCCCAGCCUGAAGAUUACCAAUGAGCAGCUGCCUUCCAACGAAGAACGAAUGCCUUUGUCGUGUACAAAUGCCCUGCGUCGUGUGGACAAAUGCCUAGAGCAGCGUAGACAAAUCCUCAAAGUGGCGUGUACAAAUUGCUUGGAGAGGCGUGUGUCCCGAAAGAAAAGAGCAAUGGUAUAA